AUGGCCUUGCACAUGGUGCUUCUGUUGCUCUGGGUCUGCCGGCUUCACAGCGUGGUUGAUCAAGACUACAGAGAUGUCUAUACACCAGCUAUAGGAACUAUAACUCGCUUUCCAGAAGUCAGAGAGGGGAAGUGCGUCUUUCCGUUCCACUACAAAAAAGGGACCUUCUAUGACUGUGUCAAGUUCAAUGCAAGACACGAGUGGUGCUCCCUAAAUAAGACUUACGAAGGAUAUUGGAAGUAUUGCUCCAAAGAAGACUUUGCUAAAUGCAUGUUUCCCUUCUGGUACCGGCGCAUCAUCUACCACGAAUGUACUGAAGACGGGGAAUCAUUUGGGAAAAAGUGGUGCUCGCUGACCCAGAAUUAUAACAAGGACAAGAUUUGGAAAUAUUGUGACUGAGGGUGACCUUUUCUGGGAGG